CAUCCAGAGCCGGCGCCAAGGCACACGUCGCGAGCAGUAGACCCACAGGUCCAGAAAGAUCCGAGGCCGCUAUAUAACCGGCGCUGUGUGGCCGCCCUCGCGUACGUAGCCUCUCCCGCGCCGGACGUCGCCCCAGCUCGCUCGCCAUGGACCCGUACAAGUACCGCCCGUCGAGCGCGUUCAACGCCCCGCUCUGGAGCACCAACUCCGGCGCGCCCGUAUGGAACAACGACAACUCCCUCACCGUCGGCCCCCGAGGCCCGAUCCUCCUGGAGGACUACCACCUGGUGGAGAAGCUUGCCAACUUCGACCGUGAGCGCAUCCCGGAGCGCGUGGUGCACGCCCGCGGCGCCAGCGCCAAGGGCUUCUUCGAGGUGACCCACGACAUCUCCCACCUCACCUGCGCCGACUUCCUCCGCGCCCCCGGCGUGCAGACCCCCAUCAUCGUCCGCUUCUCCACCGUCAUCCACGAGCGCGGCAGCCCCGAGACACUCCGCGACCCGCGCGGGUUCGCCGUCAAGUUCUACACCCGAGAGGGCAACUGGGACCUUGUGGGCAACAACUUCCCCGUGUUCUUCAUCCGCGACGGCAUGAAGUUCCCGGACAUGGUGCACUCGCUGAAGCCCAACCCCAAGUCGCACAUCCAGGAGAACUGGCGCGUGCUCGACUUCUUCUCGCACCACCCGGAGAGCCUGCACAUGUUCACCUUCCUCUUCGACGACGUCGGCAUCCCCGCCGACUACCGCCACAUGGACGGCUCCGGCGUCAACACCUACACGCUCGUAAACCGCGCCGGCAAGUCCCACUACGUCAAGUUCCACUGGCGGCCCACCUGCGGCGUCAAGUCCCUGCUCGACGACGAGGCCGUCACCGUCGGAGGCACCAACCACAGCCACGCCACCAAGGACCUCUACGACGCCAUCGCCGCCGGCAACUACCCCGAGUGGAAGCUCUACAUCCAGACCAUCGACCCGGACCACGAGGACCGCUUCGACUUCGACCCGCUCGACGUCACCAAGACCUGGCCCGAGGACGUGAUCCCGCUGCAGCCCGUGGGGCGCAUGGUGCUCAACCGCAACAUCGACAACUUCUUCACCGAGAACGAGCAGCUCGCCUUCUGCCCCGGGAUCAUUGUGCCGGGCAUCUACUACUCCGACGACAAGCUGCUGCAGACCAGGAUCUUCUCCUACUCCGACACGCAGCGCCACCGCCUGGGGCCCAACUACCUUCUGCUCCCGGCCAACGCGCCCAAGUGCGCGCACCACAACAACCACUACGACGGGUUCAUGAACUUCAUGCACCGCGACGAGGAGGUGGACUACUUCCCGUCCAGGUACGACGCCGCCAAGCACGCGCCCAGGUACCCCAUCCCCUCCGCCACGCUCAACGGCCGCCGCGAGAAGAUUGUGAUUAAGAAGGAGAACAACUUCAAGCAGCCCGGGGAGAGGUACCGCUCGAUGGACCCGGCAAGGCAAGAGCGAUUCAUCAAGAGAUGGAUCGACGCGCUCUCCGACCCCCGCCUCACUCACGAGAUCAGGAGCAUCUGGCUCUCCUACUGGUCUCAGGCCGACAGGUCUCUGGGUCAGAAGCUCGCGAGCCGUCUCAGCUCCAGGCCGAGCAUGUAAGAUCAGCCAACGGUGCAACACGACCAAACUCUGCUUCGCUCGUGGAAGCCUGAAUCUGAAUCCCUCUUUUAUCGGCAAGAACCUGAUGCUACAAAUACCUUAGCAUACUGAGUCUAUUUUGCAAGAGGACAUAUGAUUCCAUCACAUUUCUGUAUCAUCAUCGCGUAAUAAUCUGUACUCGCAGACGCGUUUCCCCUUAUACAUUGUAUUCGUAAUUACUGUAAAGUGUACCUUUUAAAUUAAGAAAAAAAUUAUAUAGUAAAUUAAUAA